UUGUUCUGUGUUUAAUAUCUUAUUUAUUCCAUGCGUUUUUGUCUUAAUAAAUAUUAUUUAGUUUUUAUAUUAUAAAUUUACUGAAAUUAUCUCUCAAUAUGGCUGCUGUUGUAAGAAUAAAACGUCAUUUAGACGAAGAUCCUUUGAAUGCUUUAAUUUUAAAUUGUAAAAGGCGAAAAUUAAGCUGUGGUGAAAAUGAGGAAGAAAAAUCCGCAGUUCUACAAUUUGCGGGAACUUCAGAAGAAGAAAAUAUAGAAAAUCUUUUAAAUAAGUAUAAUGUGGCUAAGGCCGCUGACAUAAAGGAACACUUUAAGAAACCACCUAUUGAUAUUUUGCAAAAACUUCGUACUGAAGUAAAAGAACAAUCAAGAAAUAAUAGAUACAAAAUAGUUAACCGCUUUAGGCAGAUAAUAAAAAUUAAUGAAGAAUGUGAAAACUUGAAAUCAGAUCCAGAAUUUACUGUUUUCGAUAUUGAAACUGAUUUUAAUAGGAAUGAUUCGACAGAGAGGAAUAAAAAUGAUAGCGUUAUCCCAAAAUAUGUGUAUGAUUUUUAUUAUACUAGUUCUGACGAUCUUGGAGAUGCAGACUUGGAUGAACUUAGUGUUUAUCCGUUAAUGGAUUCACAGUAUGACCCGUUUAUAUUUGGUUCUAUGAGAGACAAUGGUUUGGAAGGAAAAGACUCUGAUGGUGACAGUGAUGAUUCAAAUGCUGAAUGUAAUUGGCGUAAUGAUUACCCAGAUGAAGAUGACUUAGAAAGUAUAAACGAAGAUGAUAUGAUCGGAGCUGUUAAUAACAUUAAUUUAGGUGAAGAUCUCUCCUCUGAUGACGGUGAAGAGGAUUUUGUAUAUUCCAGAUAUGAUGAUAAUGGAGGGUAUAAUUUGAGAGCAGAUAAAUUAAAAUAUGGGAAGUUGUAUGCGGACUUUAAAGCAAAAAAUUUGAAUGAUUCAUAUUACAGUGAUAUAGAUGAAGAUGAGUAUUUUCACUGAUGUCCGAGUUCUGUUGUAAAAACUCGGAAGAAGGCUCAAUUGUAAAUAAAAGUAUAUUUCACUUUGCUGUGUGAUUAGCUGUUUAAUUUGCUUAAUUAAAAAAUUAAAUUAAAGGUUAAAAAAAUUAAAAUUAAAGUGGGU